UAGCAAUCGAUCGGAGUACUUGUCGUUGCCCUCGCAAAAAAGCUGAUGGAAGACAGGGAAGCUCCUUGUCUCGGAAGUCCAGGACAAUACUCCAUCAUGGCUGCCGAUCCUACAAGGCCGAUUCGCAUUGCAGGCGCCUCCGGCUCUGCGUCCGACCGCAGACAUGCAAUGGCCAUGUUCGCGAAGAAUCACCCUAACGAUCCUGUCGAUGUGAUCAUUGGAGAUUGGAUGAGCGAAGCCAAUAUGACCUCCAGAGGUGUGAUGAAGACUGAGAACGCUGGUCCUGCUUACGAGCCCUCCUUCCUCGAGUCCCUCAUUCCAGCUCUGCCCGACAUCGCAAAGUACAAGAUCAGAGUCGCCGUCAACGCCGGCGCAUCUGACACUCAGCUUCUUGCAAAGACAGUGACGGAUGUUGUUAAGCAGCAAGGUCUUAGCUUGAAGGUCGCCUGGGUCUCUGGCGAUGAAGUCCUCCCGGCAGUACAGAAAGCCCGGCAGCGAGGCGCAAAAUUCGAGAAUGUGUCCACAGGCGAAGUGUUGGAUGACUGGAAGUUUGAGCCAGUGUAUGCACAAGCGUAUCUUGGAGGGCUUGGUAUUGUAGCCGCAUUUGCGAGAGGAGCUGACAUUGUCGUUUGCGGACGAGUAUCUGACGCAAGUCCUGUCAUCGGAGCAGCGGUGUGGUGGCACGGAUGGGACAGAGAUCAGCUUGAUGAACUAGCGAACACAUUCGUUGCAGGUCAUCUUAUCGAGUGCAGCAACUACGUGUGCGGUGGUAACUUCACUGGAUUCAAAGAGCUGGAAUCGAAAUCCUGGCACGAUAUUGGGUAUCCCAUCGCCGAAAUCUCCCGCUCCGGGCAAGUCCUCAUCACCAAGAACCAACCUCAAUGGGGUAUUGGCGGCGAAGUCACCACCCAAACCUGUGCUUCUCAGCUUCUGUACGAAAUUCAAGGGCCGUGGUAUUUCAACUCCGAUGUGACCGCUAUCCUGACCGACCUCUACUUCGAACAAGUCGCUCCGAAUCGCGUUGUGCUACAUGGCGUGCGGUCAGCUCCGCCUCCGCCCACUACCAAGAUCGGCAUCACCGCGAAAGGAGGUUACCAAGCUGAGGCUCACUGGUUCCUCUGCGGCCUCGACAUACCCGCCAAAGCCCGUAUGCUGGAGUCUCAAAUCCGACACCUCCUCGCUCCUUACUCUUCCAAGUUCACCAAGCUAGAAUUCACGCUCAACGGUUCCGCGGCAGAAAAUACUUCCAACCAGAAUGCUGCGACGGUCGAUUUGAGAAUUUUUGUGCAGGCGAAAGAGGAGGAGGAUAUCAUGCCCAGCAAGUUUCUCCGUAAUACUAUUGAUCCGAUCAUGCAAGGAUAUCCGGGAGCGACUUUCCACCUUGACACACGGCAAGGCUUCCCCAAGGCGAUCUACGAGUACUAUGUUACGCUUCUCCCCCAGUCUGUCGUCGAGCACAAGGUCCACCUUUGGGACGGGGAGGUGAUCGACAUCCCAGCUCCGGAGGACGCGAAGACGAGGACGUACCCGGCGCAGCAACCGAGUGAAGAGGGAGUUAUAGGUUGGGACGGAAAGCAAUGGGGCGAGACGGUGAGAGGACCUCUAGGAUGGAUUGUGCAUGCACGGAGUGGCGAUAAGGGAAGUAAUGCGAAUGUCGGAUUCUGGGUCAGGCACAGAGAUGAGUGGGAGUGGUUGAGAGGCAUCCUAUCUAUUCAGACGAUCAAGACAUUGCUGGCGGAUGAGUACAAGCAGGGAAAGAAGAUCGUGAGUGACCGAUUCGAGCUCCCGAACUUGUUGGCGGUGCAUUUCCUGCUGCACGACCACCUGGAUCGAGGCGUGAGUUGUUCGUCCUCAUACGACUUUCUGGCGAAAAAUGUAGCGGAAUAUCUGCGAAGCAAGUGGGUUGAUUUGCCGGUCAAAUUUUUGAACCGUGGAAAGCUGUGAUGAAUACUACAUCAAACCUAU